CCUGCGAUCAACUACAAAUACUCAGGAGCCGUCUUUUCUGUCUAUCCGCUUGCUCUCUUUCUGUGUUUCUCUUCUCUUCGGGCAGCAAAAGAUUAAAAAAAUGUCGAACGUCACCGCUCCCGUAUACUACGCCUCCGAAUUCCUCUACGCAAACGUCGAUUUCACAUCACUGAGUUGGUUAGAGCUCAAAUGGGCACAAUGGUACCUAUUAUUCAACGAUCCAGCAAUUGCAACGGGUGUAAUGUCCUUCCUACUCCAUGAAAUUGUUUACUUCGGACGGUGCAUACCCUGGAUCAUCGUUGAUUCUAUUCCGUACUUCCGGAGGUGGAAGCUGCAGCCUAACAAGCUCCCUACGGCACUUGAUGAAUGGGAAUGCACGAAGCUUGUUUUGUUCUCGCAUUUUACUAUUGAGCUUCCUCAGAUAUGGCUCUUCCACCCACUCGCAGAAUACUUCGGCCUCUCCACCUGGCAAGUCCCAUUCCCAUCAUGGCGCACGAUGUUCGGCCAAGUCGCACUCUUCUUCAUCUUCGAAGACUUCUUCCACUACUGCGCACAUCAAUGCAUGCACUACGGCCCUCUCUACAAACACAUCCAUAAAAUUCAUCACAAAUACUCAGCACCCUUCGGUCUUGCUGCAGAGUACGCGCAUCCGAUAGAGGUGCUAGUCUUGGGAAUGGGCACGCUCUGCGGACCGUUGUUGUAUUGCUACUUCACGCAGUCGUUGCAUAUCGUUACAGUUUAUGCAUGGGUGACGCUUCGUCUUUUCCAGGCUAUUGAUGCGCACAGUGGUUACGAUUUCCCUUGGUCCCUGCAACACAUCUUCCCCUUCUGGGCAGGCGCAGAACACCACGACUACCACCACAUGGCAUUCAUGGACAACUUCGCAUCCUCCUUCCGCUACCUUGACUUCAUCUUUGGCACCGACGAGCGCUACAGAGCUCACAAGGCUAAAUUGAACAAGAUGAAGGAAGCUGCUUCGAAGAGUGGCGCGUCUCGGGAGGAGCAAGAGGCAAUGGAACAGAAAUUGAUGGAAGAGUCGGAGAGGAUAGGGAUUGCUGCUGAGGCUAAGGCGGAAGCGAAACGCGUGUGGUAAUUGAGUAUGGCUCUGAGGAUCUUAAUGUCUAUUUACCUUCGUAUUGAACUGGAAUAAAAUGUAAUGUACGAAAAUU